AUGAACAAGAGAAGUGCGGAAACCGAGCUGCUGGAGGCAUACCCCUCCAAGCGGUUGCACAAUGACACUGUCGACAGCAUAUAUCCCGUCAUAGACGCCGCCGAAGACGAUGUAUCGACUGCGCAAACGCCGAGCUCCUUUGCCGGAGACCCAGACUCUCCCGUCACAGUCGCCACGACGCCACGAGCCAAGUUCCCGUCCGACCUCAAGACCCUGCCGUGCACCUGGCCCGGCUGCCCAAAGACGUUUAACCGGCCGGCCCGCUUACGAGACCACCUCAACUCGCACACAAACUCGCGGCCCUUCAAGUGCACGUACGAGGGCUGCGACAAGGACUACAUCGAGGACAAGCACCUGAAGCAGCACGUCAAGGCGGUGCACACCAACGAGCGCAAGCACGUCUGCCAGCGCGAGGGCUGCGGCAAGAGCUUCGUCACCGGCACCCGGCUGAAGCGCCACCAGGCCGUCCACGAGGGCGCCGACCGCUUCCGCUGCGCCGACUGCGGGCAGAGCUUCCGCAAGAAGGAGACGCUGCACAAGCACGUCCUCAAGGAGCACAAGGGCGAGUCGCCGCACCAGUGCGCCGAGCCCGGCUGCGACGCCAAGUUUGAGUCCAAGGGCGCCCUGAAGCGCCACCACCAGAAGAUACACGGCGAGCUCAAGUUUUGGUGCAGCGAGUGCGCCCUGCAAAUGGGGCCCGACGGGCUGGAGAAGCACGUAGGCUUCACUACGCACCCGCUGCUGCAGGCGCACAUGAAGCUCGAGCACCAGGACUGCAUGUUUUGCGACUUCAAGUCCUCGUCCCAGGCGGAAAUGGUGACGCACAUCGACAUGCACCACUCGGGCAAGACGGUCGACGAUCGCCGCACGUUCCCCUGCGACCACGCCGGCUGCGUCAAGAGCUUCACCAAAAAGUCCAACUUGCGCGCGCACCAGCGCACCGCCCACGAGGGCUUCCGCUUCGUCUGCGGCGAGGUCGACCUCGCCGGCGCCGCCGGUCUCGACGGGUGGUCCAACGCCGACGGCUGCGGCGACAAGUUCUGCACAAAGGUCCGCCUCGAAGACCACGUCCGCUACAUCCACCUGCGCCUGGAGCGGCCGCCCAAGUCUUGGGCGCCGCGGUCAUCCGCCGAUGCUGCUGCCUCGGACGACGAAGCGGAAGACCUCAUUGACGAGAUCUCCGGCGUGCAGAUGCAGGCCAGGAAGCCCAUUGUCUGCGCGCACUGCCCCCAGGCGUUUGCGCGCUACUACGACCUCGAGGCGCACGUGUCCGCCGUGCACACGGCUGCUUCCAAUGCUGCCGCGAUGGAGGAGCUCUUCGCCGAGAGUGCGAGCGGGCAAAACGGCUUCUUGGCAGGCGGUGGCGGCGACGGCAUGUUUGGCGGCGGUGCAGAGGACGAACGUGGCGACGACGAGGCCAUCUUUGCGGCGGAAAUGCACUAUGAGCCCCCGCGGGACGAAUGGCUGGACGACGAGGCGGGCAUCAUGCUGCUGGCGCGCAACUCGCCCGCGUUGGAAGCGCACAUUGAUCCUGCCCUGGGCGGUAUAUAG